CUUUAUUGGGCCCAAAACAAAAAUGAGUUUGACACCCCUGCUUUAAACCCUCUUAAGGCCAGAAUUACAUAAAGGCCACAUCAUGAAACUGUUGUAAUUGUGAAAUAACAAAAACAAUGACGAUGUGCUCCAUCCUAGUUUAUUACAGACAACUGUAACUUUCAGGAUGAGGCAGUUAUUCGGUAUUAUUGUGUUUCUUUGUGGGAAAAAAAUGCUUAAAAGGCAGAACAAAAAAAAAGGCCAAAGCCUUUCCUUGCUGAAGGGAUGGUGGUAAAAGAGUACAAGACUGUCUGAGCCACACUGAUAAAACCAGUUGAACUGCAAUCCUGUGUCCGUGACAUAUUUGUCUUGAGGACUAAAGCUGUGUGGUAUGCUGUAUAAAUGCACAUGGCUGUGUUUACAUUAUGGACUAUGAGUUGUAGAAGGAAGUGCAGUGCAAACCUAGUCAGAGUUGGCUAGGAUAUAGAUGCUGUAAAUGUGAUUUGCUGUGUUACACUACUCAUAGGUUAGAAAUGGGACUGUCUUAUGGUUUAAGUUUUCUGUUUAAGUGCUCCCGAACAGCGACCAGUCAAUCUUUGUUUACAGAGCAUUUUUCAAGCAAGUAAUGGGGAACGCAAAGUGCUUUACAUAAGCUAGAUACAUAAGGCAGUAUCUAUGACCAAACAGGUAUAUAUAAAAAAAGAAAUAGUGAGUUCAACAAGGCUAAGUAUGGAUUUAAAAAAAAUAAAUGUACAAAGAUGCAUUGUUAACAGAGGUGAGGUUGGUGUGAAGGGGAAGGCUUUAGGAAUAGAUAACAAAUAGUAAAAAUAUAGUUUCAAAUGUCCUGAUGAAAAUUUGUAAAACUAAGAUCACAAAUAAUAAAUUAAUUAAUUCAUGAAUUUUAAAAAAUGACAUGGAAAUAAACUAAAAUAGGAGAAAAGUUAGUAAAUCAUGAUAAUGACACAAAAUAAAGUAAAUUUAAAAAAUAUAUAUAAUCAGUAUAAAGCCAAACAGUGCAAGGAAAUUGCAUUGAUAAUUAAAUUUGGAAUAAGUUAUCAUAAUCACCUCAAACAAAACCCUAAUCCACAAAGAUCAGUCUCAAAUUUGCUUUUUAAAACAUCAAUGGUCUCCCCUGGGAAAGAGUCUUCAGAAAGGCUUUUUGCCUUUUUGAGGAAAAUUAUGCAUCACUGAGGAUUUUUGUUCCUCCUAAGACCUUUAAUGGCUUCAAAAGCUAUUAGAAGCACCGAGAGUUGAUUCUACGUUUAGAAUCAAUUCUUAAACGUAGAGCUAACUAGCAGUGAGGAGACCUGAGAAUGAGAAUGCUGCAUAAGCUCUCUUUCUGGUCUCAUAGUCGCUGUAGAAGGAGUCAUAUUCUUUUAGGAAAGCCAGGAAGUGCAGUAUUGCAGUCAUCUACUCUGCAGGUUGUGGUGGGGCUAAUGGAGGUAGCAAUAAACUCCAUGGAGGUUAAAUAAAAAUAAAAAUGCAUAACAUUAUGCAUGUUUUCUUUGUAAACAUUCAGACCUACAUCAUCCUGUGUUGUGGACAGGUUAAAGUGAAAUAUUCUCUAUUGUUCUUCAGUGAGAAAAUCAGGUGUAGCAGCAUUAAAGUGACAGCCAAGUAGAAGAAUGUACUUCCACAUCAAGGUAAACAUUUACCUUAAAGUGCCUUUAGCUAUCAUGUGUUAUGAUUUGUUGCUAUGUAAAUGAACUAAAUUGAACUAAAAUAAAAACAGAAAGUAGGAAAAGAGGCUGUACAGUGAGGGCAGGUUUACAGCAUAAAAUACUACGGAGUUAUUAGAUCUCGGAAGCCAUAUUUAUUUAUUUAUUUUUAAAUCAGGGUUACAAGAGACAGUCAUUUAAAAGAAAUGGGAAAAACAUAAAAAUAACAGCAAGUGAUGGUUAUAGUCGUACAGAUGCUGGGAAGAAGGAUAUAAUGCUCCUUUGAUGCAGCAGUCUGUCACUGAUUGUUUCUGGAGAAUAGCUUUAAGCUGAUGGAAUUCACAAGAUUUGUCAGAUAUACUGAUGUUGAUGCUUUAAAUACAACUGUGACUUCUGGAAUGAGAUUUCAUAACAUAGUAUUUGCCCAAUAUCCACACAUCAGUUGUCUGAGGAAUUUUUCUGAAUCCUGCAAGCCGCAUUUAUUAAAAAAUGAACAGACACAAACCCCUGAAAUAUUCCACUCUUUGUUUUAGGAAUCUAGAGUUUCACUUUCUCUAGAAAGUCCUUUUGACAACGUGAAAGCUGGAUGAAAUGUUUGAGCUCCAGCAGACAUUUUUAAAUCAUCACAGUAUGAUGAAUCUGCACAUUUUAGUUUAAAUCAUAGACUUGUUUUUGUUUUUGCUGUUCCUCAUUGUCAAACUCACAGCUGAAGGGUUUCUGUAUCGUAUGUUUUCGCCUAUACAUUAUGUUGUUUUUAAGUUAUUUAAGUGCCCAAAGGUCUGUAUUAUCAUUAUUAUUAUUAUUAUUAUUAUUAUUAUUGGUUUCUUGAAUCAUUGAAAUCAUUGAAAUUGCUCAACUCUAAAGCAGCAGCAGACAGUUUUAAUGAACUGCUGAGAGUUGAGGAGAGAGCCUGUGCACGUCAAGGGUCUUUAUUUUGGUUUUUGUCUUUCCCUGCGUCUAUUUGAACACAGACGGUGGUCAGAAGGCAGAUGAGAGCCGUUCAAAGCUGACUCAUAUCAAAGGCCCUCUGGCUCUUUGUGAUGCUGUGUUUGCAACAGGUGACAUUUUGGGCUGGAAACUGUUUAUGACUUUGAACGCCCGCCCUCAGCCGAACCUCUCCUGCGGGAACAGGAAAAAGGAGAGCAGGGAUUAUAGAGCAGGUGGGAGGGAGCUGGAGAGGGAAACUCAUUUUUCCCUCUGCAGAUCGCAGCGACGCGGCAGCAUGAAGGUGCUCCUUCUAAAAACAAAGGCAAAUGUUUCAGAGGAUAAACGACGAUUUUGGUGCGAAAAUAUUUCUUUCCUGCUGAAUUGACAGCAAAAAGAACCAUAAGGUAAGUGGUGUGCUUUUUGUUAAUUUAAUAAGCAUCAACCAGUGUCUUUCUCCAUCUUUGUUCUCAACUUAUAUUUUAAUUCAGGAAGUUUUAGCAGGUGACGAAAAAUAUACAAAAAGACAACAAAAAUACAAUAUAUAUAAUAUCCUUCCCAAAUACCUUUUUUUUUGUCUCCUUUGACUGUAAAGACAUCUUUGUGAAGACAUUUAGAUCUAGAAAUUUACAGACUAUAGCUAAAAGUCAUGUUUAUUGCUGGCCACUAACAAAUAUGAAUGAUUUCCACCGAUUUAGAUCAGAAGAUUGGUCCAAUGUGGAGCCAGAAGCUUGUUGAUAAAUUGCAAAUAAAAUUUUUUUUUUCCAAACAUCUGUUUCUGUUGGUGGUGUUGCAUGCAUUUGUUUGACUAGGCAAAAAAUUUACCAUAAACUGAAACUUCUGUACGUAAUUUGAGUUGGAUCCUGCAUUUUCAGACCAAUUCCAAUGGGAUCAUUGAAAGCACCAACACGAUUACGACAUUCACGUUGAUGAAGAGUGUACGUAAACGUCUCACCGGGUCAGCAACUAAAAUACAGCCAGACUUUGUUUUGCCUCUCAGGAAAUGGAUCCUCUGACAGAUUCCAGGCCCCUCAUCAGCGCAGCCUCCUGCGGGAAGCUUCGUCUGCUCCGCCUCCUCGUGGAAGGUGGAGCUCAGGUGAACGGGAGCAACCAGAGAGGAGAGACGCCCCUCCUGGCUGCUUGCAAGGCCCUGAGAGAAGAGCCAGUCGGGAAGGAGAGUGUGAAACUCCUGAAUUUCCUGCUGCAGAAUAAGGCAGAUCCCAACGCACAGGACCAGGAGGGUCGCACUGCUCUGAUGUACGCCUGUAUGCAGAGAGCGGGCGCUCUGGUGGCGUCCGCCCUGGUGGCUGCAGGAGCUGACCCGUGCAUAGAGGACGGCUCUGGAGCCUCAGCUUUGGUCUACGCCAUCAACGCACAGCACCAACCCACAGUGCAGGUGCUAAUAGAUGCUUGCCGGGCCAAAGGUCGUGACAUCAUCAUCAUUGCUACGGAGACGGGCGCGAACAGAGGUCCAGUGACCAGGAGGUACCUGAACGUCCCCCCGUCUCCGGACUCCUCCCCCGUGUCCUGCAUGUCCCCGUCCGACAUCAUCCUGAAGACGGGCUCGCCAAGCUCACCUGAGGGGGGAAACAUCUUCAAUUUCAGAGGAACAAGCAAACAUGGAAGCUGCAGCAGACGCUCGUCAUUUGAGCUGAGCCAGUCGAGUCCGUGCAGCGGUCCGGCUUCCAGACAGAGGGUGUCAUCUGAACCGUGGUUGGCCAUUAACAACCUGGACUCCCUGAAGAGGGCUUACGAGCAGGGAAUGAGGGAGAGGAACCUCAAGGAGGAAGGAGGUGGAGAUGCGGACGUAGAUGAGGGGAUGCAUUUCCAGAGGAAGGACGACGUGGCGCACAGACUGGAUGCUGGGUUUACCGGGGACGUUCAUAAAUGCUGGAGUGAGGACUCGCUUUCAACCAAGUCAGACGGCGGUGUCCCCAAGAGGAUUCCGUCACCAGGAGGGUCAGACAUAAAGCUUUCAGCCUGCUCGUCCCCUCGCUUUUAUCUCCGCAGGAACACCCUCCCCUCUGUCACGGCGGUCAACCCUCCGCUUCACCUCCCGCCCUUAACGACGCAACCAGACUCUCACCUGCAGGUGCCAGCUAAGGUUUUACCUGCAGGAAGCAGACACGUGUUGUUUCAGCCACGCCCACCCUGCUCCUGUCCCCCAUCCUCAGCAUCUGCCAGAGCAGCCCUGCUCCCUCUGCUCCCCCAGGCCUCCUCCCUGUUCGCCCCUGCUGGCUUCAGUCACAGGGAGAGGAGCAGGAGGUCACUGCGUCGUCACUCGGCGCAGUUAGAACAAAAUAAUUUGGACUUCUGAAACUGUGAAGCGAUUAAUAGGUCUGCGGUCUGGUUUUAUUUUAUUGUUAAAUAAGUGUCGAGUCCAGCCACAUCUGCAGCUUUCUGCCUUAUUUUGUAUCAACUAGUUGGUUCUUGAUCUGCAUAAAUGACACUGUCAGUUUUUUAGAUGCAAAACUAACAGCUAAAGCAAAACCAGCUAACAUCUUUUCACUCAGUUUGUGUGUUUGAAUGUCUUUUUGGAGCCUAAUGGAAAAUAAAUAUUUGAGAAGAAAAAUGUUUGGGGUUCAAAUCUAGAAGGAACACAGGAGCUCGUGUUCAUGGCAAAAGGAGUGAAGUCAUUUUAUUUCUUUUUAAUAUGUAUCUACAACAAGGGGGACACAGGCAAAAACGACCGACAAGUUGAUGGAAAUUAAAACAAAACAAUCAAAUAAAGAACAUUAAUCAGCAUCGAUGUAGAUUUCCAACCUUUUUUUUUUUGUCUAAAGUAACUUUACAAUAUAAAGAAACAUACGAAGGAACCUCUUUUUUUUUAACUACACAAGACAUUUAGGAUCUGAAACUACCCUAACAUGAUAUACAAAGCAACUUCCUGCCUCAUAUUCAAUACUGCUUUGUCAUCAGGAGGAAAUAAUGAGGAACCGAACAGAAAAAAAAAAAAUAAUCUUUACUCCCAAUUCUGCCCAAAAGUCCUCUCUUAACCUUCCCCAUUCCUUAAUGUUACAGUAUUAUACAUCAGCACGAUAGAAAUACAGUAAUGAUCAACAUUGUGACGGCUUUGCUUACAGGACAGAAAGAGAAGUCGGACUGCAUUUUAUACAACAGUAUUAAAGUACAACGCAUGUUGAUGCACUUUCUCUACCUCAUCUUAGCAACAAAUAUGUCCAUGUGGCUUUUUCUCUCCUUCUUUCCUCUUACUUCCACAAACGUUUCUCUUGCCUGGUUUUAAAUAGAUUAGAAAAUCCUUCAUAGUAUAGUAAAGUACGUACUCUGAUCUCCGGUGUGCUGGACUGAGAGCCAGUGUCCUGUGUGCCCUGCUUUGUUUUUUUUUUUGUUUGUUUGUGUUUUUUGUUGUUGUUGUCGUCAAGUCAAAAGAAGCUGAGCUGCAGUGCAUCCGAGACCAAGUGUCAUUUGCUUUUGCACCCGGUCUUUGAAAAUUCUGCCAAAAAAUUGCAAAACAAAAAGAAGAAGAAGAAAAAAAUUCCUACUUUGUAUUUUUCUUUGUCGCCUCAAAGGCACCAUGUUUAAAACAUGUGUCGAUGAGUUAUCCCAGAACUAACUACAGGUAAUUUUCCUCCUUUUGUCCAGUUGCAGCACCGAGAGACCCCCCCAACCCCCACGUAAUAUGGGUUGUGAGGUGAAAUAGCAUAAUCGUCUAUAGCAGCUCCGGUUUUUUAAGUUUCAUAUCAUUUCUGGUUAAAAGUACACACAGUUUGCCUGAAUCAGCACGCUACUGAUCAACUGUUCAGUUGUGAUUUGAAAUAUCAAAACAUGUCAAUGAUAUCAAAAUGCAUUUUACAGUAUUUACAAAAAGGAAAAAAAAAAACAA